GUGUAAUCACUAAGUGCUUUUUGCUACUUUCUUAUCCUGUUAGUGCUUGUUCUCUUUGUUUCUUUCUCUUCGCCAACUGUCAAAUUUGGAUUCGCCCUAUUAUCCAGAAUCUUCUAUGGUUCUUCUCCCAACUUUCAGCAAUCUGUUUCGAUUCUUUGCUUUUAUAGGAAUGGUGGCUGAAUGGAAGAAUACCAAAUCUCAUAUUGUCCUAAUGAUUAUAAAAGGAUUGUUUAGAAGGUACGAAAGAUGGAACCCUGUUCAUCCAACUCAUGGAGCGUUUUGGGGAAUGGGUGUGGGCGUUGGUUGUGGUGUUGGAUGGGGUCCUGGGUUUGGCCCUGAAGUGAUAGGCUAUGUUGGAGCUGGCUGUGGCAUUGGAUUCAAUGUAGGCAUCACUUUUGCUGGUGUUGGAGUUGGCCUCCCUGCUCACUUUGUCUGUGUAGCUCCUUAUAAUGGGGUUAGCUGGAUGAGAAAUUUACCUUGUAUCUCUGACUUGCAAAGAGAAGCCAGUGGAAAAUUGUUUGAAUUUAGGAAAAGGCAUUUAUCAAUCAAGGGAAUUGACUUCUUUGACUCGAAAAAGAACUUGUCUUUGAUUACUUCUUCAGCUUGUAGAAGUAUGCAAGCAUUCCAUAACCAGUUGUUCCGCUCUCAUAAAGGAAAAAAUUCUUGACUUCUGUGCUUCUCAUUUGCAUUUUGUUGGCUCGGAACCGAAGAUCAUGUUUUCACUGUAAAUAUAUGAGAUAUAACAUUUUGUUCUACUCUGUGUCUCGUUCCAAAUUCAACUGUAUUUUAUAUUCUUUUAAAAUGUCUUCUUCUUCUUUUUUUCACAAAAUUG